GAAGAAUCUGUCAGAAUCCACAAGUGAUGAAGAUUUGAAAACCAUUUUUGGUUAAUUUGGUCCAAUCACUUGUGCUGUGGUGAUGAGAGAACCAGACGGAAAAUCCAAGGGCUUUGGGUUCGUCAACUUUGAGAAUGCAGAUGAUGCUGCUAGAGCUGUGGAGUCUCUAAAUGGAAAGAAAUUUGAUGAUAAGGAGUGGUAUGUUGGGAAAGCUCAAAAGAAAUCUGAAAGGGAAAUUGAUCUGAAACUUCGAUUUGAGCAGUCAAUGAAAGAGGCAGCAGAUAAAUUUCAAGGAGCUAACUUGUAUGUUAAGAAUUUGGAUGACAGCAUAAGCGACGAAAAACUUAAAGAGCGUUUCUCUCAAUAUGGUACCAUAACAUCAUGCAUGGUCAUGAGAGAUCCUAGUGGAGUAAGUAAAGGAUCAGGGUUUGUUGCAUUUUCAACUCCAGAAGAAGCAUCCAGAGCUCUUGCGGAGAUGAAUGGCAAAAUGAUUGUCAGCAAACCUCUGUAUGUUGCACUAGCUCAAAGAAAGGAAGAUAGGAGAGCCAGGUUACAGGCUCAGUUUUCUCAAGUGCGACCCGUGGCAAUGACACCUUCAGCUGCUCCACGUAUGCCGAUAUACCCACCUGGUGGUCCAGGUGUUGGGCAGCAAAUAUUCUAUGGUCAAGGGCCUCUGACUAUGUUUCCUCAGCCUGGAUUUGGAUAUCAACAGCAGCUUGUCCCUGGUAUGAGGCCUGGUGGGGAUCCCAUACCAAAUUUCUUUGUGCCAGCGCUUCAGCAAGUCCAGCAGGGUCAGCAUCCUGGUGGUACAAGGUCUGGGACUGUGCAGCAAAGUCAGCAACCAGUUCCAUUAAUGCAGCAGCAGGUUGUUUCAACACUGCUUGGACUUUGUAAUAUCUUUGGUACAUUUGUUCGUAUGUUUUUAUUACUUCAUCUGAUAGGAGCCUUGGCCUCAGCCCUUGCAAAUGCGACUCCAGAUCAGCAAAGAACGAUGCUGGGAGAAAAUCUCUAUCCACUAGUUGAACAGCUGGAGCCUGAUGCAGCAGCUAAACUAACAGGAAUGCUUCUGGAGAUGGAUCAGACAGAGGUUUUGCACUUGCUGGAGUCACCAGAAGCCUUAAAAGCCAAAGUUGCUGAAGCAAUGGAGGUUCUGAGGACUGUUGCUCAGCAGCAGCAGACUGGUGCUGCUGCUGCUGCUGAUCAAUUGGCUUCAUUGUCUUGAAGUGACAACCUUGUGCCCUGAGGUCGACUACCUGCUAGAGUUUUCUGUCAUAGUGUGGCCUCCUUGAGUUUGAAUUAAGUGGCAUCGUUCGUAGUUGGUU